AUGAAGGAAAUUCUCGCCAAGAAGAGAAGGAUUACCAAUGAAGAAACAAUACAUCUUAACGCAAGAUGUAGUGUGAUCAUUCAACGAACACUUCCACAAAGAGAAAAAGAUCCAGGAAGAGUCAUAUUACUUAUCACAAUUGGAAACGUAAACGUUGGAAAAUCAUUGAUUGACCUUGGCUCAAGUAUCAACCUCAUUCCACUCUCAGUAAUACGAAGAAUUGGUGAUUUGGAUAUAAAGAAUACUAGGAUGACUUUGCAACUAGCUAAAAAAUCAGUCAUAAGGCCAUCAGGUAUUGCCGAAGAUGUGCUGGUCAAGGUAGAUAAGUUUUUAUUUCCUAUUGAUUUUGUUGUCAUGGAUAUAGAGGAAGAUGAUGAUGAAGAAGUUACCUUCAACCUCUUUGACUCCAUGAAACGUUCCAAAGAUAAAGGAGCGUGUUUUCAAGUUGAUGCAAUUGAUGAAGAAAUACUAAAAAUACAGCAACAAACACACUUGAUAACACUAUUAGAAAGAGCCCUCAUGAAUGUUUUAAAUGUUGUCAAUCCGGAAGAAGAAAAGGAACUCAAUAAAUGCUUAACAGAACUGGAUUCAGCAAAAGAAAUACCAUCGAAGGAAGCAAAAAUUAAGGAAUUAAAAGAAGAUUCUGAGGAAAAGAACACCAAAUUGGAAUUGAAAUUAUUACCGAAUCACUUGAAGUAUGUGUUCCUUGAUGAUGAAUGCAAGAAAUCGGUAAUAAUUAGCAAACUUUUGGCCAACCAUUAA